UGCUGUUUGGUUUAUUGUAGAAGAGAUGUGGUCCCUCGGCGAGUUUAGGACUGGGGUCAUUGGCUUUUGCCUAAUGUUGAUCAUAAGUGUAUCAUUGUCUGACUUUCACCCUAACGUGCGAGAGCCUUCGGUAAUAUGGCAGCAGGGUGCUGCAGGGAGCGUCAGAACGCGAAGGAGCUCAGGGCUCCGAACGGAACCGGCGGAUGACGGAAAGUGCAAUGAUUCAAGGAUGUUCCAGGGACUGUUGAGAAAAGAAACCCACGCGUACUCAUUUGACCUGAGUGGAGAACUCUCUUUGGUAUGGGUUGGAGACGGAACUGGGGUUAUCCUUGUGCUCACUACAUUUCGUAUUCCUCUGUUUGUCAUCACCUAUGCACAGUCAAAGCUCUACAGGAGUGAUGAUUAUGGAAAGACAUUCCAAGAUAUUACCGGGCUAAUCAAUGACACUUACAUACGCACAGAGUUUGGUAUGGGUCUUGGACCAGAGAAUUCAGGGAAGGUGAUUUUAGUUGGAGACGUUUCUGGUGGGAGCAAUGGCGGUCGUAUCUUCCGAUCUUCAGACUUUGCUCAUACUUUUGUUCAGACUGAUCUACCCUUUCAUCCUUUGUUUCCUGUAUUGUACAAUCCAGAAAAUUCCAACAACCUUUUACUUAUCAGCAAAGAUUUUGGUUUAUGGAUCUCCAGAAACUUCGGAAAAUCUUGGUCUCAAAUACAUCACUCUGUGUGCUCUGCCAAAUGGGGUGCUGGAAAUGCCAUCCUUUUCACAACAUCAAUAAAUGAAUCGUGUAGUUUUCAGCUACAAACGCUAAAGAGGACAUCAGACUUUGGUCAGACAUUUAAGGUUCUCAUGGAACGUGUCUACUCAUUUGGGCUCUGGGGUCGUUUUCUUCUGGCCUCUGUAAUAGAUGAGGGCAGAAUCAGGAGAAGGAUUCAUGUUUCUAAAGAUCAAGGGGACUAUUGGAGCGUAGCUCAGCUUCCAUCUGUGACACACGAACAGUUUUAUUCCGUAUUGGCAGCUAAUGACGACAUGGUAGUUAUCCACGUGGAUGAUUUAGGUGACACUGGAUAUGGCACUAUAUAUACCUCGGAUGAACGUGGCAUUGUGUAUUCCAAGUCAUUAGAGCGUCACCUUUACACCACCAAAGGAGGUGAAACUGAUUUCAUCAAUAUAACCUCUCUACGUGGAGUUUACAUUGCCAGUGUGCUCGCUGAAGACAACUCCAUUCAUAGCGUGAUCACAUUUGACCAGGGGGGUGAGUGGACUCCCAUCCGAAAGCCAGAAAACACCAAGUGUGACUCCACAGCAAAAGACAAAGAUAAGUGCAGUUUGCAUUUACAUGGUCAGUACAGCAUAUCUCAGAAUCUUCAGGUCCCCAUGCUUCCUUUAACUGAACCAAGUGCUGUGGGAAUCAUCAUAUCUCAUGGCAGCGUGGGGGAUGCAGUGUCACUCUCUAGGCCUGGAGUGUAUCUUUCGGAUGAUGGGGGAUACUCAUGGAGUCUAGUGCUGGAUGGCCCACAUCAUUAUGCUAUAAUUGAUUCUGGGGGUCUUAUUGUGGCUGUGGAACAAAGCGAACUGCCCAUAAACACAAUUAAGUAUUCAACAGACGAGGGCCAGUGCUGGCUGAAUUAUACUUUCACUGAUGAACCUCUUAUGUUUACUGGUUUGGCAUCUGAGCCUGGUGCUCGUUCCCUUAAUGUCACAGUGUGGGGUUAUCACCCUGGCAACUUUCGUCGAGUGUGGGUGUCAUACACAAUUGACUUUGCCAGCCUUCUGACUCACAGCUGUGAGGAGCAUGACUACAUUAAGUGGUUGGCACAUUCAACUGAUCCCGGAGCACCAGCUGAUGGAUGUGUGUUGGGAUAUAAGGAGCAUUAUCUACGUCUGCGCAAAUCCUCUAUGUGUCGGAAUGGACGAGACUACAUAGUGAACAGAGAAUCGACUUAUUGUACAUGCACACUGGAUGACUAUAUGUGCGACUUUGGAUAUUUUCGAAAAGAGAAUGAGUCGGUGUGUGAGGAGCAGCCAGAACUUCGGGGCCAUGAGCUUGAACUGUGUAUAUUUGGAGAGAAGGAAAAGCUUAGGACCAAUGGUUAUCGAAAGAUUCCUGGGGAUAAGUGUGUUGGUGGAGUAAACCCGAUACGAGAGGAAAUGGACAUGAGGAGAAAGUGCACCGGUGACCUAGCUCCUGAAACAAAGGAUGCAGUGUCUUCCAGCUCAAUCCCAGCAAUUACCUCAGUGGUCAUUGUUCUGCUUAUUGCUGUUGUUGCUGUCGUCUUAAUAAUCAAGAAACAUGUCUGCGGAGGGAGGUUCCUUGUACACCGUUACUCUGUAUUGAGGCAGCAUGUGGACACACUGGGGGAUGAACCCCUAGAUACUGGGAUGGCAGACCCUCAAAGAAGCAUUGUUUACCGUGAUGAUUCUGACGAGGACCUUUUGGAGUGACACAUGCUAAGAUGUUCUGUGGUCUUCACUCUGAAGUUCCAGAUAAACAGAGGACACUGAGAAUCUCAUCAGGCUAAUCCUGGAUUUGACAGUGACUCUAGAGAUGCAAAAUUAUGUUUUAAAAGAUGGUGCAUAACUACAAAGUUAUGAUGGGAAAAGCACUUAUUAAUGAGUCUGCCCAGCUUGAGUGUCUUGCAUUCUCCCAGCAACCAUGUUUUCAUUUGUGUUUCAAUAUCAUAUACUUUUGAGCUAUGGUUCUUGGCAAGUAAUAACAUUCCCUGAAAAUAUAUGCGAACUGCACCUGCUUUGAAUAUAUUUUAUGUAGUGAUUUUGAGGUCAGAUACACUUACACUGUAAAAAUGGAUGUAACCACUGCUGGAGGAUGUUAUAUUCCUAACUUCUUUCAUCAUGUUCUCUCUUUACAAGCAAGUUUUUUCCUUUUUCUUUUUCAUUCCUUUGAAUGGCUUAUGUAUACUAUAUUUUAUAGAGUGGUGGGAAAAUUCAAUUUUUCUGAGAAGUUAAAUCUUACUCAACGAACCCUCCGUGUUACCUUCUUCCUACCCUCAAGUGAUAUAUUGUAUCUUUUAUACAAAAAAUAGAUUUUUCUGUAUGUUUGUGAAUUACAAGUGUGAAAAUUAAACAAAUUUUUUGCUUGUUCCCAUGGUAGGAAAUGAUGAGUUCACAUUUUUUAUUAUGUGACAGAAGCACUUGGGAAUGACAAAACAAUGUAAUCACAUGGACAUGGUUUGACUGAAAGAGAUGGAAGCUUAAUGACAAACUACAUAAUAACCCAGGGCAAGUUGUAAAAUGAAAAGAACCUGGCAACAGUUAAAACCCAUUCGGCCUUUCUAGACUGCCUAUUUGUUCCUAAUGUAGACACAGAGCUUGUCUUAGAUUCAGGAAAAUUUUAUGACUAUCCCAUGCAUGUUAUGCCUUUCUCUUAGUAAAGUAAAAACUUAACAUUA